AUGACAGCAUUUCUUAUUGUUAGUAGUAAUCCACCAACAUCUAAAAUCGAAAUCGAUCAUAAACAGCCUAAGCAUUUUCUACUUCUAUUAACUGGAGUAUUUAAUUAUUUUGCCAUCAAAGAAUCACCAAUGAGCGUUGGAUUGCCGAAUUUAAAUGAAAUAGAAUUAAAGGAAUCAGCAUGUUUGCCAAGAGAAAAUCCUCUCGAUAAAUUGAACUGGUCAUCGGCGGUAAUGCAUAUGCUUCGGGAUAGGACCGUAUGGUUAAUGCUCCUUUUUGUCGGCGGCACUACUGUUCUUAUGGAAGUGCAAAGUUUUCUACCCUUAUUUUUACGUCAAUACUUAAAGUUGGAUAUGGGUAGCGCUGUGUAUGCUUCAUGUUCCUUUCAAAUUGGUAGCAUUGGCGGAGUUAUUUUUGGUGGUUAUUUGUACGAUAAAUUGGCAGCGAAGAAAUUAACUAUGUUUUUAAACUUGUGCAUGAUUGUAUGCACUGGAUGUUACAUUUUCUAUUGGAGAAUGUUACCAGUUAUGAGUAAAGUUGACGUAUUCUAUACCCUAUUUGUUAUUGGAUUUUUUCUUUCAAUACCAUAUUAUCUACCAGCAAGUGUCUUCUCUAUGGUUUAUGGUGGACAAAGAUUUAGUGGAACCCUUGCAGCUUUACUAGAAAGUCUUGGAUUUUUAUUAACAAUGACAUUUGAUUAUUAUGCUGCUGUCGUUGUGAAAGAACACGGUUGGUCAACUUUCUUUGGCAUUUUAGCAGUUGCCUCCAUGGGAACUACGGCAAUUUUCUUUUUAGUAUCUUCGCAUCCUACCUUAAUCACAAGGAGGCAUUAA